UUGGACUUUUUUGGGGUAAAAUUAUGUACUCCAACACCCCACCCUCAGAUCGAUACAACCUAGUGAAUAGGGCUCUCCGUCUACAAACUGGUAGUGCUGUUUUGAUAGACCUUUGAUUCAACGUCUAUGGCUUCCGUUCCCCCGGAAAAUAUUAACCGGCCAAUAUUUUCUCCGACGACUCCCCAUUUUUUCAAAAUCAUUCUCGAGGACACUUCCAAAGACAGAAAAUUUAGAAUUCCAAAGAAAUUUGUGAUGAAAUAUGGUGAAGGAAUAUCAAAUCCAGUAUGUCUUAAGCUUCCAAGUGGUUCAGAAUGGAUAGUAGAACUUAGAAGAUGGGAUGGUGAGGUUUGGUUUGACAAUGGUUGGCCAGAGUUUUCCAAAUUUUACUCUCUAGACUGCGGUCACUGGCUGGUUUUUCGAUAUGAGGGGAAUUCCAAAUUCAAUGUGUGCAUAUUUGAUAAAAGUUGCACGGAGAUUGAAUAUCCAUUAACAAUGCCAAAGAUGGAACUAACUUCUCAUGAUGAAUCUCGUAACAAUUCUGCAAAUGAUUCUAGUGACGAUUAUGGUGAUGAUUCGAGUUACAAGUCCGGUGAUGGUUCUGAUGAUAAUUCUGCUAUGAUCUUAGAUAAAUUUUUACCUUGCCCAAGAAAAACAAGGGAGAAAUCUACAUUGCCAUAUCCUCAGCCUCACAAGAAAAGGAUAACAAGUUCGAGUGGAAAGUGUGAUUUUCCAACUGAAAAAUAUGGAGUCACGUCUAGCACUCCAAGUGGAGAGGUUGUAGCUCUUCGGAGAGCUAUUGCUUUCAAAUCACAAAACCCUUCUUUCAUUGUUGUCAUGAGGCUCAGUUAUAUCAACUCUGGGCUUCUGUGGUUGCCAUCUAAAUUUUGCAAGCUACGUCCUAUUAAGGAAUCCUGUGAGGUCAUUCUUCAAGUUUCGGAUGGGAGAACUUGGACUGUUGAUUUGAGAUAUGAAGAAGGAAAGGCCACAUUCAGGCGUGGUUGGAUGGACAUUGUUUGUGACAAUAAUUUGGAACUUGGUGAUGUGUGUGUUUUUGUGUCAACUAGCAACUUAAAACCCUUAUUUGAUGUUUUCAUUUUCCGCUCUAAAGAAGCUGCGAGUUGUAGCAUUGAUGAGGGAAAAACAGUGCCUAAGAUGGAAGAAUCUGAUCAAGCAGAUGGUGAUUCUGUUCAAAUCUUGGAUGAUGAUUCUACUGAUGACUCUAGUGAUGAGUUUAGUGAGGAUUCUGAUAACAAUUCCAGUAAUGGAUCCAGUGACGAUUCUUAUGAUAAUUCUGUUGUAAUAUUUGACAAAUUUCCACCCCACCAAAGAAAAACAAGUGAGAAAUCUGCAUUACCAUGUCCUCAGCGUCAGAAGAAAAGUAGAACAACUACAAGCGGUAAAGCAGUCUAAAAUCUAAGAUACAAGUGAAAACGAAAGAACAUAUAUGUUUCUACAUAACCAUAUUGUGUUCUUUUAUUCUCUUGUUUGUAAUAUUUUACUUUUUUUACAUGGAAAUAUGAUGUUCCAACUGAAAGUGGAGGCAGUAUAGCCCUUCAGAG